UAUUUGGGCUCUUGAUGUGUGGCUUUACCUAAGCCGAACUAGACCAGUCGUGUAGCGUAACAAAGGCUAAGGCAGUCAUGUGUUCUCUUGCACUGACUAUAGUUCCGUGUGCUUAUGCAUAAGGCACUGGCUCACUUUGUACCUAUACUCCGGCGCAAAACGGUAUUUUUGGAACCAGAAGACAUCAGUCUGAAAAUUGUGGAGACUGAUUCUGACAGUGGUCAAGGCAGCUGUGAAAUGGCUGAUCAGAAUAAAUUAUUGGGUUGUGUGGAGGAUAAAGAUACAGAUGAUGAAAUCUUGGUUCGUAAAAAAUCUAAAAAGAAGAAAGUAUUGGUGGAUAGUGACAGUGACGAAGAAUUGGAAAUGCGUAAUUUUGCAGAUAAUGUAAAGGGGCACUCUGAUAAUGAGGAGAAUGAGGAGACUAUGUCUGCUUAUAGAGAAAAACCAAGAAAGAUCCGUUCAGCUGUAUUGGACAGUGACAAUAGUGAUCAUGAGCUUGAUGUUCAAAUAAGUACAAGUCAAAAUGCAGCUGAAAUACCUGAGUCAGAACAUGGUAGCUUGGAGAAGGAAACUCAUACUGUGAAGCCUAAAACAAGCAAGUCCUUGAAAAAACAAACUGACACUAAUAAAGAGGAAAUCGUGAAGAAUAAAUCAAAGCGCAAAAUUCCGAAAGAGGAGAAGAUUAAAAGGAGGACAAAACAGAAGUCAAAAGCAGUUGCUGAAGCUAGGCCAAAUUUAAAUGACAGUGGCUGCCUACUCACAGAUGGAGAUCUUUUUGACAAUGGGGUGGAAAAUGAGAUGGAUUCUAAUGAAGAAGAGGAUUCUCUUGAAGCUAUCCGGGCAAAAAUGAAAAGCAAACUGAAUAGUCAUUCUGCUGAAAAUUUUGAAGACUUUGAACUUGAUACUGAAGGCAAUCAAGAAUCCCCAGAAAAAAGAAAGGAACGAAAAGCUGCGCGACUUGGUAAAGAAGCCAUGAAACAAAUGCACAGUGAGACCCAAAGACUAAUACGUGAAUCUUCUGUAUCUUUACCAUAUCAUCUACCUGAACCAAAAACAAUCCAUGAUUUUUUCAAAAGGCGUCCAAGGCCUCUUUGUCAAGGAAAUGCAAUGCAGCUUAUAAAGUCAACAAAAUACCAGCCCUGCACUGAAGAGAAAAAAAAACCCAAUGAGGAAAUAUGUGCUGAAGUUCCAGAGUUUGAUUAUGUUUCAAAGGAAGAUUUAGAAAUCAGUCCAGAGCAACCUUUACUAAAUACUCAGUGUUCACAUGCUGCAGUCCUAUGUGUUGUGCAAAAUGAUGCUCGGACUGAGGGGUUAAGUAAAUCCACAGAGGCAGUUGUGACUGGUCAAAUGAAUGACCAUGAGGAUGCUUUCAGUGAUUCAAACAUUGUUCAUGAACAAGAAACAGUUGGAUUAAUAACCGUAACUGAAACCUUUCAGACACCCUUUAUUCCCCAACCAGAGAGCGUAGUAUGUGAACAAAUCCAGAAUGAUGUAGUAGAGAUGCAACGUAUGCCUGAACAACCCACGCAUAAACCCAAGUUAUCCAAGCUUGAAAAGCUGAAAGCUCUUGGAGUGGACUUGUCUAUAAAACCUCGCCUUUGCCCUGAUGAUGGUUCUUUUGUCAACUUGGAUGAACCAAAGCCGAAUAAAGAAUUUGAAGCUUUGAAGGAGCGUUUCCUGAAGCACACUCUGCAAAAGUCCAAACCCAGAACUGAGCGGAAAGUCAAUCUUAAUAUUAUCCGCAAGGAGACCACUGCUGAUGGAAAAGAAGAACUAAAAGCAGACGUUGUGCCAAUAGUUAUGGCUACAGAAAAACCAGACAAGAGCAUUUAUCAAAAGCCAGGUGAGAAGCUGCAGGUAUUGAAAGUCAAACUGCAGGAAGCAAUGAAAAUCCGUCGCAGUGAGGAGCGCCUGAAGCGGCAAGCCUUGUAUAAGCUUGACAAUGAAGAUGGCUUUGAAGAUGAUGAAGAGGAGGAAGAAAUGACAGAGGAGUCUGAAGAUGAUGGGGAUGGAAAUGCUGAGACUGCAGAUUAUCCUGGAGGGGAAGAUGAGGAAGAGGUUGGUGAUGCUGAAGAUGACAAUGAUGAGGAUGAUACUGUAAAUGAUAGAUUGUUGGGAAAUGUGCCUGAAAUUGUUAUCCCACUGCCGAGACCAGUAACUACUGAUUCUAGCCUCAUGCUGUUCAAGGACAAUUCUUCAAAGCUAGGAGAUUCGCUACCUGAUGAAAGUGGAUGCAAGAGAAGCAGCAGGCUAGAAUAUGAAGAAGACUCCCUGUUGCCACAAUUAAAAGAAAACAGCCAUAAUAGUAGCUUUGAACUUAUUAGUUCAAUGAUACCAUCAUACCAGCCAUGUAAUAAAACAACUCGAGUUGUGAUCAACUCCAAUAACCUUGGCUUUCGCUCACCAUCUCCGGUUCAUUUCAAAACAAGUUUUCUCAGCUCUGCAUCAAAGAGUUCUGGCAAGAUGUCUGAACCAUCCCUUCCCGUGGAAGACUCACAGGAUCUAUAUAAUGCUUCCCCAGAGCCCAAAGCCUCAUAUCUCUGUGCUGGAAGAAACUCUCAAUUUCAAUUUUCGUUGGAGGAUGACACCCAGAGCCAACUGCUUGAUGCUGAUGGGUUUCUGAAUGUUGGUCGCCAUAAAUCUAGCUCUGCCAAACACAGGCUAGCUUUGGAUACAAUGGACGAGAAUGCUAUGGAUGCCAAUAUGGAUGAACUACUAGACCUUUGCUCAGGACAGUUCAAAGAAUCUCUUUCAGGCACAUCACAGGCAGCUGAAAGUGAUGCUAAGAAACAACCAAUGGAUGAAUUGCUUGAAUUGUGUUCUGGCAAAUUUGUAUCUCAAGCUGACUGCUCCACACAAGAUUCUUCUGCUUCAGCUAAGGACCGUUCUACAGCUGUAAAAAAGGACAUUUCUGAUGAAGUGGCAACGGUUUCAAGUUCAUUCCUUACUGAGAGAGAACAGGAAGAAGAUGAGGAAGAAGAAUUUGGUGAAUUCAAGCUCUUACCCUGUGAUGAUUCGGAGAGCGAAAACGAAGAACAAAAUGAAGAGGAAGAAGAAGAAGAGGAUGCUAAGGAUGAUGAAGAUGAGGAAGAAAUUUUGCAGAAGCAGCAAAAGAGAAAAUUGAGGCUGAAUGACUUCAUGGAAGAUGAAGCCGAAUUGUCUGGAAGUGAUGUAGGUAGCGGAGAUGAGUAUGAAGGAGAUGAUGAUGAGUAUGAGGAAGAAGCCAUAGAUGAAGAUCUCCCAUCUGAUGAGGAACUGCAGGAUCAAGUCAAUAAAAUUCAUAUGAAAGUUACCAUGGAUGAAGACCAGCGACAGCUUCGUUUCUAUCAGGAGCGGUACCUGGCUGAUGGGGAUCUCCAUAGUGACGGACCAGGGAGAACAAGAAAGUUCAGAUGGAAACAUCUUGAUGAUGCCUCACAGGUGGACAUGUUCCGCCGAGACUCUGAAUUGGAAGAGGUGGACGGAGAGAAUGAGGAAACUGAGGAAACCGAACUUAAAUGGAGGAAAGAGCGGUUCGAAAGGGAACAAUGGCUGCGAGAACAGCCACAAGGUAGUAGAGAUAACAAUGAGGAGGAGGAGGAGGAUAUUGGAGAAGACAGCCAGUUUAUGAAAUUGGCAAAGAAGGUCACUGCAAAAGCCCUACAGAGAAAAGUGAGUACAGAGACUAAUGAACCAAAGAAACCUGGGCCUAGAAAUCCAUAUGAAGUGAUCAGGCCUUUCAGCCUCCCCAAGUUGCGUACUGGUUCGCUGUUAAGCAAACCAAAAGAAGUUUUACAGAAGCUGGCAGCUGUGUCAGACCUGAAUCCAAAUGCACCUCGAAACUCAAGAAACUUUGUCUUCCAAACUGUCUCACCCGGAAAGAAAGAAGAAACUACAGACAAGCCAAGAUCAAAGGUACGAAAGAAUAUAGCUGUUGCCAUGCCUUCCCCUAAACGUUUUAAAAGGGACAGCACCCCUACUGUUAAAAGCCGCAGUAUAUUUCAGUUGUUGGAGUAGGUUUCUGCGAAUAUUCCACUAAAUCAGUAAUUUGUUUUUGUGUCCUAGUUACAGCAAAUUCUAUAUUUUAAUGUAGCUGUGCUUACAUGCUACAGUUCUCGCUUUACUGAAAUUUGUCAGAUACUUGAACUAAGUGUUUUUCAUCAUGAAAUUAGUUGUGCUGCAUGUUAUUCAUACAGAGGCAUGUGAAAUACACUGUGUAUUUCUAUUGCCUUGUGUCAAAUGUUCUACACUUGUUUUGUUCAAAAUUACACAAACCGUAUCACCUAAUGUAAAUCUACCUCAUAGAGAUACAGAUACCCUACAAAAAUACAGUAAUUUUGUUUACAACCACCCAUAUAUUUUGUACUUUGCAUUCUUAUUCUAUUCUCUAAAUGUACUCCAUUUACAAGUGCUGAUUUAUAAAGGGGCAUUGUACCUAUUUGUUCAACACAAGUUCAAUUACGUCAUGUGCUGAACAUGCUCUCCCCCCCAUCUUAAAAUAUGUUUUUCUUAUGAAUUGCAUUAAACAGGGCAAACACUGAAACUAUAAGUUUAUGGGAGUGCUGGUAAAAACAACAACCUAUUAGUGCUUUAUAAUAUAAAAAAUUAGGUUAUUAUAUGGAUUGUUUUUAAUUAAAACAAUAAGCAGAACAAAUUUAAAACAAGUCCUAUUUAUUUUGCUCAUGUUAAAUAAAAGUGUAUAUAUCCAUAUACUACCCGUUUAAACUGUGUAAUGAAUGUGUUUCUUGUAAUAUAUUUUAUUGUACAUUGUUAUAAAUGUUUGUGAGAUUUGUUAAUAAAUACAUUUUUUUAAA